AUGGUUCCGCACAUGAGGCCGGGGCCUGUACCCAAUCAAGAUCCAAAUCAGAAUAAUAAUAACCCAUCAUAUCCUAAUAAUGGCCACAUUAACCAGAAACUAAAGGGAAGGGUGAAAAGAAUAGCUUGUGUGGAGUGUCGUCAACAGAAAUCCAAAUGCAAUGCUCAAGAAAACGCCCCUAUGCCAUGUACGCGAUGCGCCACAAGGGGGUUGGUUUGCACCUUGAAGGCAGACUAUAAAAGAACUUACAAAAGAGCAAGAAAUGCCCAAUUAGAACAAUCAUUCAACGAUCUAAGGAGCUCUUUAAACGGAUUAUUACAACCUUUGAAAAGUGAUGAUUCAAACGCUCCGGUGUUGAACGCCCAAUUGCUUGAAAAAUUGAAUAGCUUGGUAAAGACCGCCAAUGCUUUGAAUAAUGAAGAGGAGUUUGAGCAAAAUAAGACGAUAUAUUCUGCUAAUUCAGACCAGAAAACCCCUAGUACAAUCACGAACUCCCCACUAAAUCCAGACCAACCUACAAAAGACCUUCUUCAAAAGACAACAUUGAGCACAUCUAGUUACAUGCCGAAAGUUCAAUUAUCGAGAGAAAUUUUGAAAUGUGAGCCAAAGACUUUGCAAAAUAUCACUUUUUCAUCAGAACAAAUCGAACAAUUAUACACAGAAUUUGCAACGAACUACCACCCUAUUUUUCCAGUGAUUGAUAUAAUGAAGGGCCCAGAAAAAUUGUACCGCCUUUGUCCUGCAUUAUUCUGGGUGAUCAUGUUAACCUCUCUACGAAGGAACUCUGAUCCCUCAUCUAGAUCAUUACUCGUGGAGUUAUCUCCGUUGGUCAGAAAAUUGUUAGAGGACUUAACCAUUAGUCCCAUCACCAGAUAUUCGCCAUCAGAGUUUGAUGAACCGGUUUUCAAUGCAUCUUCGGUGUUUUCAGUGCAAGCAUUUUUGAUUUCUACAAUAUGGCCUCCAUUGGCGUCAUCUCUUAGUGCUGACUCUUCUUGGAAUACCAUUGGUAUAGCUUUAUUUCAAGCAAUCAGAAUCGGCUUGCAUAGUCCAGGACACGCCAUGGAUUUCAGUAACGCGGCAAAGACGGAUGAUACCAGACAAUUAAUGUUAUUGACAGAACAGAUACGAACCUGGACUUGUUGUAACAUUGUGUCGCAAACAAUAUCGACAGCUUUUGGGUAUCCUGCAUUCACCAGUUUCGAUAGGAAUUUGUUGAGUUUCAUUGAAUUGAAUAAUGAAUUGAAUAUCCCGUUGGAAGUCAAACAAUUGAUGGAAGUCACAGAUUAUGAAUGCCAAAUUGUCAAUACUUUGAGUGGAACAGUUCACCGUAGUCGGUUUAGCUCUAAUGAAAGAAUACCUUUGAUUAAUAUCUUAAGCCAAAGAUUGGAUAAAAUGGAAAUGAGAUUUGACUAUGAUUCAAUGGACAAUUAUAGAAAAUUAGCAUUUUUGAAUGCCCGGGUUCAUUUGUACACUUAUUAUUUUUUCGAUUUGAAAGAUGACAGAAACGACCGUCAUGAUUUUUAUGAUAAUAGCAGCGAUGAAGACGAUGAAACAACUAAAAGGAAAAAAAACGGUAUACCAGGAGAAGAUGCUGAUGAUGAUCGAUUAUCACUUUCCCUGAAAUUCGGGUUGAUUAAAUUGUUUGAUGCUUGUGUGGCAGUGAUUAAUCAUUGCCAAUUAUCGCAGAAUGCUGACAAAAGAUUUAUGAAGUAUUUGCCAGGGGUCUACGUCAUCUCUAUUUGGCAAGCGGCCUUCAUGAUAACCAAGAUUUCUUUUUCCCCAUUGAAGCAGAUCAUUGACUUCCAAAAGGGUAAAAAUAUGUAUCAAUUAGCAAUUUAUUUGACUCUAAGAAGUUCAGUUAUGAAACACGACAUCGCCUUCAGAUUUUCAGGGAUCAUGCAGAGUCUAUGGCAAUUGUUCGAUACGUUGUAUCUUAAAAAAUCAUUGAAAUUUCAAGUUAGUAUCACCAGUCGAAUGGCAGCGAGUGUAUUUUUCGAUUGUUUAUUAAUUUUGCGUGAGAAGAGUGGGAUGAUGAGAUUUAUGAUCAAAAAAGAGGAUGACGAGGAUAUCAACUCCGAUGUGGAAGGGGUUGAUGACAUCAAGGAUUAUGAUCAUAAAACCACUUUAAGUAAUGAUGGGACCGCCAUCACUUCCAGGAGACCAUCGCCAGCUGAUAGGAAGCUCAAUGACGAGGAAUUUGACAGUGACUAUCCCGAUUCUGAUAAUUCUUCAUCAUUAGAUGAGAAAAUUAAAGACAUUGGGUCCACUCCUUCUGAUGAGGCGACCAUAUUGAAUGAUUCUACCAAUACUAGUGGCCAACAUCAUGGCAAUGAGAACCAAAGUAAUGGGUCCAAGAUAUCUCAUCAUACGUUGGAAGAAGUCACCUUGAGACCAGAGAAUUCCGUUAGAAAAAUUAUUAAAACCAUUCCUUUGGAUCCGACGCCAAUUCAUCAUAAUGAAGGAUCGAGCAAUUCGUCGCCUGCAGAUAUAAAUCAGAAGAGAUUCAUCUCGCCCCCACCAUCAUCCUUCCGAGUCCAACCUAAUUCGAUAAAUUCAAUAAUACACCACGAUCAACAAGAGAAAAGGGCAAGAAAAAUCUCGGGAGAAACGAAUAGGAAACCAAAGAAGCCAAAGAAGGCCAUUAAACCUCAGAUUUCUAAGAAUAUUCACAAUGGAAAUAGCAGUCCUAUGGGUACGGGAAUAAUGCUUGACAAUAUUGUUACAAACUCGGAUAUGAACUCUAUGAAUUCCCAACUUUACCAAAUUCCUAAUAUUAAAAGUGAGCACCCACGGAUGUCACCGAAUGUCCAACCUCAGAUGUCAAAUUUACAGCCACAACACCCAAACCCUGAAACAUUUAAUUAUAAUAACUAUGAAAAUGGUUCUACAGUCUUGGGAAAUUUCGGGAACACUAAUAGUACAACCCCAGUUCAAGCAAGAAGCAAUAUCAACUCUCCAGGAACAACUACCAGCAAUUCUUGGAAUCUUCUCAAUAAUAGUACAAACAUCAUUGACAAGGAAUUGAACAUAGAUGCGAUGUGGGAUAAUGAUUUGAACGUGAUGUUGAAGGAUGUUUCCUCAGUGAUGAAUGACUUUGGGUUUCAUGAUAAUUAUGGUGAUCAUGCAUCAUUAUUUCAAUUCAAUUAUAACGGUAAUAAUAAUAAUAAUAAUAAUAAUAAUAAUAAUAAUAAUAAUGGUACCAAACACGAGAGCGGACUCAAUAAUAAUAACAAUUACAAUAAUAACAAUUACAAUAAUGACAACACCAAUAACCAGAAAAACAAUUAA